AUGCGGUUUCUUGUUACCACGACCGUUCUUUCCAUUCGCGGUGGGACGAAAAAGUCCACUUACAUCAGCCAACACGAUCCCCAUUCAGAUCUAUCAGCCCCUUUCUCCAGCGAUGAUGAGGUGGAUGUAUGGAUCUGCGACGGCUCAGAAGUCACUAGUGACCUGAUGGACCAGUGGGUUGAUCAUGACAGCCAUAACCCCAAGUCCAUGCUCGUGCAAGAUGCCAAAACUAUCCCUCGAUUAAGAGAGCAUGCUAGGGGUCGCCUGCUUCAAAUCGCCGCUUUUCCUGAGCACAUGGAAGGCCUCUCAAAGAAGGAGUGGGAAGAAGCCGUCCUUCGUGAAGCAGAGAUGCUUUACGCCAAAGCCCGUGCCGACGCUGAUACCCAGCGCAUACACGCUAGCAUCGAAGCUGAGGGCUCUUCACCUAGUCAAACAAACGUCCUGCUCAUCGGCGCCGGUAUCAUGAACCUUGUGGCCGCCCAACUCCUUGCCAGACGCGGUUACAAGAUUUGCGUCGUGGACCAAGGUCCCGACCCGCGGGCUUGCCAGCUCAAAGACUGGACUGCGCUCGGUGUCACGAGCGGCGGCCACAAUGCUCGCAUGUUCACAAACACCGAGGCAGACAACUACAACGAACAGGACAGUGAGAUUUACCAAGACAUGCAGUCCAUUUUCCGCAAGACUGUCCGUGGAGGUGGAUGGAGUGUCAAGUCUCCUGAGGAUUUUAACACUGCUGAGAAUGAUUGGGUCAGCGCUUUCGAGCGUGUUCCAGGCUGGAUGGCAGCGUACUUCAAGAAGAAUAUUCAUGAGGUCAACGUUGAGUCCGGCAAGCUCUGGAGGGAGCUAAUGAAGAAGGAACCUCACCUCUUUGAGGAAGUAGGGCUUCAUGAAGAUAUUAUACGUCUGUACGUCGAGGACGUGGCUUUGGAAGCCUCGGUUAGUCUUAACCAGAACCUCGGGGCUCUGUUAGAGGCACCCUCUACUAAAGAGUUCUUGGAAACGUAUCCUGUCUUUCGCCCGGCUGCCGAAAGAGACCAUCUUGCUGGAGGUAUCAUCGUGGACGGUUUCACGGUGAAUAUUCACUUGUUCAUGAACAAGUUGAUCAAUCAUAUAUCCGAUCUCGGGGCCGAGUUCAUCUGGGAUUGCGAGGUCCAGGCUAUUCAGCGAAACUCUGCAGGCGAAGUGAUUGGUUUGAAAUCAAAGAAGGGAGAUUUAAAAGCCGACCACUUCAUCUUGAGUCCUGGCACAACGGGCAGCGUAUUACUCCAUGGGACGGCCAGCGAGAACCUCAUCCAGGGCGUUUUAGGUAUCUGGUUGCAGAUUCCCAACCUGAAUCCAAAGAUGCGCAAUUCGAUGAAAAUCCACAGACGAGGACACAAAGUCGAAGACAUCAACGUCACUGUGGCAAAGGACCGCGAGACUGGGGAAGACAUCCUUGUCUUUGGUGGAGCAUACGGCUACGUCGGCCUGGGCCGUCCAGACCCAGACUCUCCCGAGAUGAAGGCACUCUACGACGAGCUGGAGGAGGUCGCGCGCAUUUAUUUCCCAGAAGGUUACGCAGCCGCGAAGAGCCGUGGCCCUGACGCUAUGUACCCCGGCGGACAUCGCAAGUACUGCGUCCGGCCAUUCACACCUACGGGUCUUGGAGUAUUCGAGAGAAUCCCCACUGUAGGCGGCGGCCAGCUCAUUAUCACCGGUGGAAACAACACGGGUGGCUUCGCUCAGGCGCCUGGCAUGGCCCGCGCGAUUUUACGGUCACUCUUGGGCGAAAAUGAUCCCGUUCACAUUCUCUUCCACCCUGAUCGCGGCAAAUUGCCUCCUGCUGUCAACUAUCGGUCCCGUACCCCUAGCCCGGGACCGACUUUGGCAAGUCCCGAUACACAGAAGACUUCGUUGAGACUCCUCCUCGUUUGCUCCGAUGGUCCGCAGCAUCGCUACCUGCGCUACCGCCUAGAUCAGGAAUUCCCCGGAUACCGUUGCGUUCAAGAGACAAGCGACGGUCAAGUACGCCAGCUGAUGAACAAGGGCCGUGUUGUUGACGCAUGCUGGCAGCAGUAUCACGGCCUCAGACGCGGCUUUUUCGGCCACGAUGUCCGUCGCGCGGCACACUUUGACAAGCUCGUACCACAGGGCCACGUCUCGCCCGCGCCAGAUCUGGUGGUUGAUAGUGUCAACUGCCGAGCAGUGUGGGAUGCCACCGAGAAGUGGCAGCCGGAGCUGACUAUUGUCUCGGGGACCAAGUACAUUGGCAAGAAGUUGAUGGCACGGGCAGGGCUGAUGAUUAAUAUGCACACUGGUCACUUGCCGGAGUACAAGGGCAACCACUGCAUCUUUUUUGCAUUGUAUGAUGGGGCUGUGGAUAGGGUUGCGUCGACGCUGCAUCAGUUAACGCCGGAGCUUGAUGGGGGUGAUGUGCUCGACAGGGUGUUUCCCAAGAUUGACCCCGAUGAUAACGAGGAUACGCUGUACACCAAGUGUCUUGAGAAGUCGAUAGACCGGUGCGUGGAACACAUCGGGCUGUUUUCGAAGGGCAAAAGACUUGAAUUCGUGGCCCAGCAAGCUGGAGGGAGGACAUUUCGGCACCGGGAUCGUACGCCUGGAAAAGAACUUGCGUUGUGGUGGUCACUGAAAGCAGGUGGUCUGUUGAAGUCGGGCCCGGCGAGCAAGGGGGUAGACAUAAACUAG